AUGCCCAAGUUGAAAGGUGGAAUGGGGGUGCCGGAUUUGCUUCGGUACCACAAAGCGUGUCUACUAACGAGAAUAGUGGAUUGGCAUGUUCACAGGAAAGAUAAGGAUUGGGUUGAAUUGGAAGAAGCCUUCGUGGGCUUUCGGAUCUCGCAUCUCCCAUGGGUAGAUGCACCAUCUACUCCUAAGUCUUGUAAGUCCCACCCUUUGAUUGGCCCAACCCUGGCCUGCUUGAGGAAGACAAGUGGAGACUCGUGUCCAGCUCCUUACCCAGGCCCUCUGACCCCACUUAAUCAUAACCCCGGUUUUCCAGAUGGCGUUGAUGCUGCUGAUCCGCGGAAAACGACUGAAAGAAUGACUCAAAUCAUUUCUCGCGCCGACUUAUUAGCUGCAUUGCAGCAAGGGCCGACUGUUGGAGCUGGUCUUGUAAACCUGGGCAAUACUUGCUUUGCCAACUCUGUAUUGCAAUGCCUUACUCAUACCCAUCCGAUCGCGGACUACAUGCUCAUGUGUAAGCAUUCUCAGAAAUGCCGUUUGGAUACGUUCUGCAUGAUGUGCACAAUGGAGAUUCACAUCAACAUGGCUUUCAAUUAUUCGGAUGCUAUGAGUCCGUAUAUAGUCAUCGAUCAACUGCAAAAUAUUGCAGAGCAUUUUGAACUCGGCCAACAAGAAGAUGCUCAUGAAUUUCUGCUAUUUGUUAUUGAUAAAAUGCAGAAUUCGUGUAUCUAUGAUUAUCCAUUGGAGCUAAGCUUCAGCCAAAGAAAAACUUCCAAUCUGAUGGACAGCCUAUUUGCAGGCUCUCUGAGAAUACAACUGGAUUGCCAGAAUUGUCAGUACACAUCUGACAGAUACGAGAAAUUCCUUGACAUCGGACUGGACAUCAAUUCUUCAAAUACUGUUCCAGAAGCGUUAAAGGAUUUGGUGAAAGGUGAAACACUGGAGGGAGACAACGCAUACAGAUGUGGCCAGUGUAACCAGUUGGUGACAGCCAAAAUGAGGAGCAUGAUCCAUGAGGCUCCGAUCAUCUUACCACUAUGCCUGAAGAGAUUUGAUGUGUUCACUGGAGCAAAGCUGACAAAGAAAAUAAGCUACCCGGAGAUUCUGAACGUCAGCCAGUACACCACAAGAAAGGAGGACAUCAACUACAAUCUAUAUGCUGUGCUGGUACAUAGGGGCUACAGUUGCCAAAGUGGACACUAUUAUGCCUAUGUUAAGGCCAGAAAUGAUCAAUGGUACCUGAUGAACGAUGAACAGGUAACUCCAUGCAACGUUAAUACGGUCCUAAAUCAGGAGGAGGCCUAUUUGCUCUUUUACAUGAGGGCACCUACUGAGCAGCGCAAAAAGCAACAGGCCAGUUGCUCCCAGAGGGCCAACUCGUCUGAUCAAACAACGUUGAGACCACAGAAGGAGAAUGUGACAUCUGUUAGUAAAGACGGAGCACAAAAACCUUGUUCCAACACCAGAGAAGCAACAGUUAGAACUAGGACUGGUGUAAAUAAACGAAAAGCAAGGCAAGAUGAUAGUCCCAUGGAACGCUCUGCCAAACAGAGGAAAAAGGACUCUGUCUCCAACUCUUCUUUCCAACAUCAAGAGACACAGGAAGAGUCUACCAAACCUCGCUCCAACGCCAGAGCAGCAACAGUUAGUACCAGGACUGGUGUAAAUAAACGAAAAGCAAGGCAAGAUGAUAGUCCCAUGGAACGCUCUGCCAAACAGAGGAAGAAGGACUCUGUCUCCAACUCUACUUUCCAACAUCAAGAGACACAGGAAGAGUCUACCAAACCUCGCUCCAACGCCAGAGCAGCAACAGUUAGUACCAGGACUGGUGUAAAUAAACGAAAAUCAAGGCAAGAUGAUAGUCCCAUGGAACGCUCUGCCAAACAGAGGAAAAAGGACUCUGUCUCCAACUCUAAUUUCCAACAUCAAGAGACAAAGGAGGAGUCUGCCAAACCUCACUCCAACACCAGAGAAGCAACAGUUAGUACCAGGACUGGUGUAAAUAAACGAAAAGCAAGGCAAGAUGAUAGUCCCAUGGAACGCUCUGCCAAACAGAGGAAGAAGGACUCUGUCUCCAACUCUACUUUACAACAUCAAGAGACAAAGGAAGAGUCUACCAAACCUCACUCCAACACCAGAGCAGCAACAGUUAGUACCAGGACUGGUGUAAAUAAACGAAAAGCAAGGCAAGAUGAUAGUCCCAUGGAACGCUCUGCCAAACAGAGGAAGAAGGACUCUGUCUCCAACUCUACUUUACAACAUCAAGAGACAAAGGAAGAGUCUACCAAACCUCACUCCAACACCAGAGCAGCAACAAUUAGUACCAGGACUGGAGUAAAUAAACGAAAAGCAAGGCAAGAUGAUAGUCCCAUGGAAUGCUCUGCCAAACAGAGGAAGAAGGACUCUGUCUCCAACUCUACUUUACAACAUCAAGAGACAAAGGAAGAGUCUACCAAACCUCACUCCAACACCAGAGCAGUAACAGUUAAUACCAGGACUGGUGUAAAUAAACGAAAAGUAAGCCAAGAUAAUAGUCCCAAGGAACGCUCUGCUAAACAGAGGAAGAAGGACUCUAUCUCUAAAUCUACUUCCCAACAUCAAGAGACAAAGGAGGAGUCUACCAAACCUCGUUCCAACACCAGAGCAGCAACAAUCUUGCAUUAA